UCUUCGAGAUCAGCACACGAGCCAAAAAACACCAUGAAGUUCCUGAUUGUCUUUGUUGCCCUCUUCGCCGUGGCUCUGGCCGCUCCUUCUGCCGAUAAGGAAACUCAAAUCUUGCGAUUGGACUCCGAUGUUGGACCCGAGAGCUUCAAAUACGACUGGGAGACUAGCGAUGGCCAGGCUGCUAAUGCUGCUGGUCAGCUGAAGAACAUUGGAUCCGAGAACGAGGCCAUCUCCGUCCAGGGAUCCUACCGCUUCGUUGGUGAUGAUGGUGUCACCUACGAAGUCACCUACAUCGCCGAUGAGAACGGAUUCCAGCCCCAGGGAGCCCAUCUGCCCGUUGCCCCCGAGGCCAUAGUAUUACUGUCCGCUGAAAGCGACUGUGUAAAGCGAAUGCGACCGAAGUGGUCGAUUUGCAUUUCGUUGGUGACCCAGCCAUCAGACAGCAUCAUUCGUCGCGAACUGUUCGAUAACCGCAGAUCAAAACACCAACCAAGAAUCACCAUGAAGUUCCUGAUUGUCUUCGUUGCCCUCUUCGCCCUGGCUCUGGCCGCUCCUUCUGCCGAUGUUUCGAUCGUGCGAUCGGACUCCGAUGUUGGACCCGAGAGCUUCAAAUACGACUGGGAGACUAGCGAUGGACAGGCUGCUAAUGCUGCUGGUCAGCUGAAGAACAUUGGAUCCGAGAACGAGGCCAUCUCCGUCCAGGGAUCCUACCGCUUCAUUGGUGAUGAUGGUGUCACCUACGAAGUCACCUACAUCGCCGAUGAGAACGGAUUCCAGCCCCAGGGUGCCCAUCUGCCCGUUGCCCCCGAGGCGUAAACCAUCCAAAGUUCUUUGUUGAUAUUGUUUAACUUUCAAAUCCUAUAUUUAGGAACGAAAAAGAAUCUAAGUCAAAAAACGUAAACAAAUUAAUAUUAAAGAUAAAAUGAAUACAUAAA